AAAGUUAGAGAGAGAGAGAGAGAGAGAGAGAGAGAGACAGACCUGGGACCUAAGUGCAGAGGGAACCGGAGCUCAUUUUUCCUCUUCACUCCGCUUGUGAGUGUGAAAUGUCCUGCUGGAUGUGGAAGGUUUAGCUUCAGCACCGCAUGGGAGUACAAACUUCAGGACCAGAAGAAACUGGGGUUGGUAUCAACCUGUAGCUUCCACGGCUUUACGACUAAAAACAUUUCCAGUCAGAUCCAUGGAGUGCCUCAAAAACUGCUGUGAGAAGUUGAUGAGGAAGAAGGUGAAGGAGCAUGAGACCCAAGUGAUCAAAAUGAAGAUGCCUCCAGCCAGUCCAUCAGUUGGUGACGGGAGAAAGGGGGCCAGGGACGAUUACCUGAUAUCCAAGCUGCCCCCAGAUGGGAAGGAGGUGCCCUUUGUUCUGCCGACCCUCAAACCUUCUUACAUACAGCCCAAAGGGCCCCGUUACCCCAACUUACACUCUGGACUGCAGAGCUCGGCCAGGUACACAUAUGCAGAGAGGAAGGCCGAGCUGUUGGGGUCAAACCACAUCUCCUACGGCAAUGAGUCCAAGUUCCAUGGAGGCCAGACGGCUGAUUACAAUUCCCCCGGUUCAACCCGCCGGCGACAUGUGCACAAGAACUACAGCCCUCAAAGCCAAGGUUGGAGUCUGGAGUGUGGUCACCAAAGGCUGAGCAGCUCUAUGUUUGAUCUGUCCAACUCUCAGAGUCACUUACAGCACUUGGACUCCAUCUCCAGCACUGUGAGCAGCACAUCUUCUGUGGUGGGCUCCUUGGGAAGUAGCCUUGACUCCAUCCCGCUGGCUGGAGACGAGCGCGAGCUGGGGAAAAUGUGCGUUCGACUGAACUACGAGGAGGCUGUGGAGCAGGUGUGGAUCACCCUGGUCCAGUGCUCAGACCUCAGUAUUCCUGGUGACUGUGUGGAACAACAAAAGAUUAGAUGUAAGGGGAUAAUCACCAUGCCCAAACCAAUACAGUUCAAGACCUCAGUCAAGGACUACAGUCAGGACGUGGCCUUCAUGGAGACCUUUGUGUUUGCUCUACGCCUCCAGCAGUUACGCUGCAGCUCACUGUUGUUGCGGCUGCAGACACACGCUCCCAGGAAACGCACUGUGGCGGAGUGCAUCCUCUCCCUGAGAGAACUCGGAACUCAGGAGGCCGAGCACUGGCUCAAUCUUUGCCCUCCGUCCAAAUCCUCGGUGUGCCACUCGGAGCUACAGCUUUCCAUCUGCUUCCAGCCAGUUAAUGGACGCAUUCAGCUCCAGGUGCUCGCAGCCCAAAACCUCCCAGCAUUCUCCUCACCACUCACUCACACAUUUUUUGUCAAGGCUGAGCUGUACCAGUCAGGGCUGGUGGUGAUGAAGAAGAACACUCAUGCACUGAAGGCCUCAGACGGCCAGUGUCAGUGGGCGGAGACCUUUCAUUUCCCCCUACCCGCACCCGCAUUAGACCAUGACCCCUCACUGUCAGUCAAACUCUACAGCCGUAGUUCUGUGCGGAGGAAGCAGUAUCUCGGACAGGUGCAGCUGGGUUUGGACAGUACCGUCCCAGAAGUUGUGGCACAGUGGAAGGACAUGAUGGCCCACCCAGAGAAAGUGGUUACAGCAUGGCACAGACUGGGCACCUCCUAAACUGGCUCAGUUGAACCCAUGUUUGGAAGUAAUGCACUUGUUUUACAGGUCUAGCUGCAUGUGCCGCUGUCCUGCACACUGGUGGACUGUACGUAAACUGCAGAAUGCGCUCUGAACACCUUGUGAGACCACAUCCCCUCAGAGACCAGUCCAGAAGUUGAGCAGUUCAUUGUACAUUCAGGGCCUGCUCUUCUAAAUCCCUUAUAAUGA